ACUUGUUCUGCGUGCUUCAUCUCUUCCUCGCCUCCCCGUCCAGCGACUCAUGCAUUCUGUCCACCACCGCCGCCUAGCUAUCGCCCUCCACCACCCGCAUUUCCAACUAAGUUGUCCGGAACCAGCAUUGUUAUUACCACACCCCACGUUGAGUGGCUCCUUGUGCUGUGUGGGGAGAGCUCGGCUCGCCCAAUUACUCAACCGUCAUUAAGCCCACGGUCCCCUCUCCGGAGACCGCGCGAACGACCGACUCCUGCUUCGCUGCCAAACCCGGAAUAAGCGACCACGGAAUCCCGGAAACUCAGGUCGUUCUCAAAAAAACGUCAUUUCCUCUCCAAUCCGACCUGAUCCUACCCCCCGAUCGUAAUUCUACCCCUCUUAAGAUGGCUGCUGCCUUCGACGACGAGGACCUUUCGGUGUCAUUAUCUUCCUAUCCUCAAGACCCUAAUAGCCGUCCACGCGAUCAAUCGGCUGCCGGUGCGAUGCCUUCCUCAAACCCAACGGGCCUGGCGAUGCCACCGCCGCCGCGACCAAAUACACUCACCCCGAACAGUGGUCGCAGCUCUUCGUCGGUACAAUCGCCGGCGACGCGGCGGGACAUGCAACGGUUAGAUCAGUAUAAAACGGUAAAGGCAUUGGGCGAGGGCUCGUUUGGAAAAGUGAAGCUGGCCAUUCACCAACCGAGCGGCCGCCAGGUUGCGCUCAAGAUCAUCCCACGUCGAAAAUUGCUGUCUAGAGAUAUGGUUGGUCGCGUGGAACGUGAAAUACAGUACCUGCAAUUAUUACGGCACCCACACAUUAUAAAAUUAUAUACGGUUAUUCCAACAAAAUCCGACAUCGUCAUGGUAUUAGAAUACGCAGAGAAAGAGUUGUUUGACUAUUUGGUGAAACGGGGCAAGUGCAAUGAUGAUGAGGCGCGCAAGUUCUUCCAACAAAUAAUCUGCGCCGUUGAAUACUGUCAUCGACAUAAAAUCGUGCAUCGCGACUUGAAGCCCGAAAAUUUACUGAUCGACAGCGAGAAGAAUGUCAAAAUCGCUGAUUUUGGUCUUAGCAACAUUAUGACAGACGGUAAUUUUCUGAAGACAAGUUGCGGAAGUCCUAAUUACGCCGCGCCGGAAGUCAUCUCGGGUAAAUUAUAUGCUGGGCCCGAAGUCGAUGUGUGGAGUUGCGGUGUCAUUUUAUAUGUACUUCUUGUCGGCCGACUUCCCUUUGACGAUGACUAUAUACCUGCCUUGUUCAAGAAGAUCGCGGCGGGGAACUUCCACAUGCCAUCAUAUAUCUCAUCAGGAGCCGCUCGACUGAUCAGAGCCAUGCUGCAAGUUCAUCCUGUCCAUAGAAUAAGUAUUCCCGAGAUUCGACAAGAUCCUUGGUUUUUGCAAGAUCUGCCAAAAUACCUCCAACCACCACCAGAGGAGUUUGUUGCCACAGGUGCUGAUCCAAACAAAGCUGUUGAUCGACGCAAAAUUGCACCGGGAAAGCCGAUCUCCUUCCAGGAGCAGAUUCAUGAAUUUGCCGUGACUAAGCUCGAGCAUGCAAUGGGUUACAAAAAAGAAGAAAUUGAGGACGCACUUCGCAAGUCUGAACCAAGUGCUGUCAAGGACGCAUUUUUCAUCAUCGCAGAAAAUGAAUUAAUGCACACGAAUUGUGAGUAUUCUGAGCAGCCGGCCGUGCAAUCCCCACAAGCACCAAAGAAUGUCGCAGCUGCGGUCAGGCAAGAACACGCUGUAUCUCCAUUGACUGUUCAAUCACGAGAAGCAACUCCGCCCCUAGCGCCUCCCUCGGCGCAUGUUUCCCCUCCAUGGACGCAUGAUUCACGGUCUGACCAGGAUGAUGACCUACGCGUGAGCCAUGUGCGCAUUUUACCGACCAGUCUUCCUUACGUUCAUGAACAAAUCAUGGAACAACGAGAUGGUAUACGGGAACGUGCUAGGCGACAGAAAAAUGAAAACUCGCCUCCAGAUUUUGAUGUCGAUGGAAGCUAUCACCCUGUGGAAAGGACACCAGAACAACAGGCUGCGACUGCUCGAGCGUUAAAACCCCACUCUCGCAGCAUUAUAGACUUAGACAAGCUUCGUCUCGAACCACCGGAAGAAUUCCACGCGGCACCUAUGCCACAGAAGCGGUCAAGGAAAUGGCAAUUCGGCAUUCGCUCUCGAAACCAGCCUUACGAGGCAAUGCUAUGUCUAUAUAAGGCCAUUGCAGCCGUGGGUGGUGUUUGGGAAAUCCAACCAGCUGAGCCAGAAGGUGAUGCUACGCCAUUUGAGUUUGAUCCAAAUCAAACCCAGCCACUUCAGCGUAAAUACCCCGAUCUACCACCCGACUAUUAUAUUCCCAAAGAGCCGUGGUUCAUCCGUGCGAGGUUACUCAAAGAAGGUGUCUCCGCCCCUGGCGUAUCACUCAGCGCUCAUAGUAGUCGAAGUGAUCUGGGGGAUCUCCGGCGGAAGGUCAAUCUGAUGAAUGCCUCUAUUAGUCCAGAAGACAAAGCGGCCAUUGCUGCAGCAGUACAUGCUAGCUCCGAAAAUGCGAGUGGCAGCGGUCCAUCGUCCUUGGAGCAAAUGCAGUCCAUGCGGAUAUCAUAUGGCGUUUGGGUCUUCAUCGACAUUCAAUUAUACCAGCUCGAGGCUAAUAACUACAUGGUCGAUUUCAAAUGUGAUGGCUAUCAAAACGUUAUCCGGGCUGAGAUCGACGGUGAAUGGCGACCUGUGAGCAAACGGUUCCGCAACAAGGAGAAAGAAGUCACCAGCCCAUAUCCGUAUCUAGAUGUUGCAUCUGACCUAGUGGCCCAACUCGCCGUUGCAAGCUAGUUUUAUCAUUUACCUGGAUGGCUACCUUCCCUUUUGGUUUGCUGAGUUAAAUAUUUCAUACCCUGUGAAAUAUAACUCUUUACUGCUGUUUUAUGCUUCUAUUUCUUAUUAGCGUGGCGUUUAUGCAUAGCUGGGUGAAUGUUUCCUUCUAUUGGCAUUGAAGCUUUCGACUCCAGCAAGGGGAAUAAUGGUCAAUUUGAUUGGUUGGUUUGAUUUGGAACUUGCAACUUGACCCAAUGGCGUUGUUAUUUUCACUAACCUGAUGGAUGCGAUGUGUGACGAAUUCUCUUGAGGGUCUAGGCGGUUGGGCAGUGGGAAGAUGUAUGAAAGUGUCCAGAAAUAGUGAUAUGCAGGAUUGACUAGGAUAUAACUUAUCUUUAUCAUUCAUUAUACCUUGAUCGUGAAUUGAUAUAUAUUUUCUAGAAUUGAAAUGUGAUUUCAUA